AUGUACGCUUAUCAAUCACCAAGGACACCCGGAUCGACACCGGACUACGAAUACGACGACUGGGAGUUUGCAAGGAUGAAUUCGGCCACGCCAACCCCCUCGCCUCGACAGAGCUGGGUCGAGGCCCAGCGCACGCCUCAGCGCCCGUCAACCCGCAUCGGCCACAGCCGUCACAGCAGCUACUCGGCCUCUGCUUUUAGCCCACGCCCGCCGAGGGAUUCUCCACGAUACAACAGUUCCGGGGAAUAUGCCACGGUUGAUGUGAGUUAUGAAGAUUUUCCAUCGCGUGGACCUUCCAAGUCCUUCCACCAUCGUUUUCCCUCAAAGGAUAUUCGGAGCUCCUUUGCCCAUGUUCGGUCCUUUUCUCCCCAUGACGAAUCCGAAGACGACGAGGUCAUCGAGGCCCUGCGGCGCACCAAUGUGUUGCCUGCCCAGUCGCGGUCUAGGAGUCGCAGAUACACCAAUACUUCUUCCGACUACGAUAGGGUACGGUACACUGACCGCCGCCUCUUUUCACAGGAAUCACCCCUCUACAACGAGCCAGCUUACACACGGCACCCUGCCGCCGAGGUGCCCCGUCCCAUGGCGCAGGCUCGCGCCCCCACCAGCCACUCGCACACUCGUCGCGCCUCGGCAGCCAUGGGACGCUCCGCUACGGCCCGGCCCCAGCAACAGCCCCCCUCGAAGAGCGACGUUCGUGUGCACCGCGCUGCUACUCAACUCGAUGCGGACCGACACCAGAUUCCGGUUGGCUAUUCACUCAAGAAUUGGGAUCCCCGGGAGGAGCCCAUCCUCCUUUUGGGCAGCGUCUUUGACGCCAACUCCCUCGGCAAAUGGAUUUACGACUGGGCUGUGUACAGCGUGGGGCCCCGGGCGCCCAUCGCCGAAAUGGCUGGCGAGCUUUGGCUGCUACUACUUGACCUGACCGAGAAGACCAACAAGUGCGUUGAGGAAGGCCUCAAGACACGAACCAAGGAAAGCAGGCAGAUUGUGAACGACCAAAUCGAUGGCAGUGAACGUCUUAUGAAGACCCUGCGCCUGUUGCUCAAAAACUGCGAGGCGCCCAUGCUGAAGGCUGCCAGCAAGAAGAAGUCAGGCCUCGGCAAGAAUGCCGGAACUGAAUUUGUGGAUACCCUCUUUGGCCGUGACCGGGAGCUUCCACGCGUCGAGAAGUUCAUGCAGAAGGUGAGGACAUGGAGCAUCCGCUACGAGGCCAACGUGGCACCGCUCCUGCUCAACCCCACCAAAUGA